AUGGUAGUCCGGCAGUUGGAGAAAAAAAUCCUCCCACAAUUCCUCCAUAACAUCAAACUAUAUAGGAGAUAUAUUGAUGACAUUAUUAUUUUUUGGAAAAAUGUGCCUGAUAUAACAGCCUUAGUAGACGCUUUUAAUAAUAACCCGUACGGGUUGACGCUUGAAUUAGAACAAUCUGACACUACCGAGGUCCAUUUCCUAGAUAUUAGUAUUAGGUUAGAGAAAGAUGGCAUCAGCACUGCGGUGUAUCAUAAACCAGGAUCUAAGUCUUCGUACAUCCCGGUAGGAUCUAGCGAUCCGGUACCAUACAAGACUGCGGCAUAUAAAGCCUUAAUCAGAAGAGCCUUCACACAUUCUUCUAACAUACAGGCUCUUGAUAAAGAGCUAGCGUAUAUAAUGCGAGUAGCCGCGGAACAUGGUUAUCGCAUAGGCGUACGUAAGAUGAUAAAAAAUUAUAGCUGGAUGUAUGCAGUUAACGAACAGCUGGUGGACUGGCACAAUGAGAGAACGGAAGAUCCGGAAGACAUAGAACGGAUACCCAUCACCUUUAACCCAUAUGUAAGAUCUAUAUACGACAAGAUCACCAAGAAGUGCCAAAUACGUAUUGCAUACAGGAGGUGUCCUACUAUUUUUAACAUCUUAUCGAAUGGGAAGGACCCUCCUAACCCCAGCAGAAGACCGAGAGUCUAUAGUGUCCCUUUGAGAGAUAAUAGAUUCGAUAGGGACUUAGUAUAUAUAGGCUCUACUAAAAGAUCCAUAGGUGUUAGAAUGCAGGAACAUCAGGCAGACAUUUGUCACGGGAGAACCAGCACGGCCCUCGCAACAUACGCAACAGACCUGGGGACCUAUUCUGAGCUCUUCCGAUAA